UGCACAAGAUUACACGUUAUAUCACUCGACGUCAAGCCUCCAACCGACGAACAUGAAGACCCGUCACCUUAUUUCACCCCUGGUUUUAAUCGCCGUCAUAACUCUGGCCACCCCGAUUUUCGCCGAAGUCGUUGUUUGGCGGCCCUGCUCUUAUUCGGACCUUUCAGAAAAUUUACCAACCAACUGCACGGUACACGAGGUUCGAGUAAAACCCUGCAAGGAGGCUACUUCCAAAAAACCAUGCCGUAUAAAACGAGGACAAGAAGCGAGCAUCAGCUUCGAUUUUACACCCAAUUUUUCGAGCGACAACUUGCAGAGCAGUGCUUACUGGGCGAAUGAUAUGCAAGACAUUGGAUUCCCAGGAAUGAAUACGAAUGCUUGCGGUAAUACAGCUUGUCCGACAACCUCGGGGACAAAGCAAACUUACAGUUACGAAUUGGCUAUUUCAAAAUCGUUUCCAGUGAGAAUUUUCAACGUCAAGUGGAAACUUUGGAACGAGGAAGCUCAGGAAUGCUGCAUUCUGUUCCAGAUUAAGCUCACCAAAUAAAAACAGUUUUUGGUCUUCAAUUCUACGAUAUUACAAAAUUUUUGUCAUUUUAUUUAUACAUCUUCAAAUUCAAUAAAUAACUCUCCGUUUCUUAAAUAUAUUA